CCAAGUCGUAUUCGAGAAUGAACGCCUCCCUCAACUAUUACUCCCAACGGUUCUUGGUCACAACAUGAUUGUUGCACUAACGGAAACUAUAUUUGAAGCCAAGAGCACCACGGCCCAAUCGCUACUCGAAUAAUAUUGGAAUCAGCUUGUUAUUGGCCUCUGCCGGUGACAUUUCCAAAAUCUUCCUUGAAAUGUGAGACCUCUCGCAUUUUCGACAGCUCUGUCCGCAGCCACGUCUCAGUCUUUGCAUGCAGUCGACUGAAUUCUUCAAGAGUCAAGUGGGACGAAGUUUCAAAGAGAACCUAUGAGGUUUAGACGAUAUCGACGGGGGUUGCCCGGCGCUGAGCUUACUACGGAGUCCCUGUAUGAUGACCCCAAAAAUAGGGGGUAAGGGUAGCUUCUAUUCGGUGAUAAUGGCUCAACUGGUGUUUAUGUCUCGGCUCAGGCCUUUUGUUUCUCGCGCUACGACAGGUUAGUUGCAUGCAGAAUGGGUACUUUCGCUUCAAUGAAGUGGUUGAUAGAGGGUAUAUUUAUCUAUCUGUCUAGAUAGCAGGCCAGACAGAUGGAGCUCGUUAGUUUCUGUUUUUCGGGGAUUAGGUCGCUGUCUCUUCUCAAUAAAUCCCCCUGUUCCUCAUUAUUAUUGUUAUUCUAAUUUCUGAACCCCUUCAUCUCCUGAAGCCACCCUUUUACUGUCGUUUCCGCUAUCCAUACUCUGAGCUUUCUCCAGAGAUCUGCAGAUCGGCUCUUAGCUUUGAUAUAGUGCUACAGCUUAGUUGCCCCCUGAACUAGCUUGCUGCUCUCUCUCUACCUAGUAGAAGAGAGGACAGGUCAUUCAGAAGAUACCAUCGACUUUAUCUCUCGCCUGUGGCUCUUCCCUAAACAACAAAACAUCACGAAAUACAAUGCUGUAUCAAGCGCUACUCGCUCUAACUUCCCUGGCUGGGAUCGUUGCCGGCCAGAUUGACCCUAACAGCGUUCCUCUUUCAACUAGGCAGAGUUGGUGCCAGUACCAAACCUCCACCUGCCCGCUCAUCUGUCUUGAUAUAAAGGGAGCUUCAGGUUCCCCCGAAUCCAACUCAUGUGACCCGAAAUCUCUUUCGUAUAGUUGUGUGUGCAGCAACGGCAUUACCCCCAACGCCUCCGAAUACACUGAGACCCUGCCCUACUUCAUCUGCACAGAAACAAACAACCAAUGCGUCAAUAACUGUAACGGCGUCUCAUCGUGCCAGUCAGCUUGCCGUGAAGAUCACCCCUGCGGUGCCCAGGAUCCGCCGCAUAUCAAUGCCACCACUGCGACCCCGACUGCAGCAGCGAGCACCGCCGCCAGCACCAACACCGAUGUCGUCUAUCAGGGCUUUGGAACCGCUACGGCAACCACCACUUCCCAGAAGGGCAUGUCGCCCAGGGCAUUUGCCAUUGAUCUCGGCCAAGUCUAUGGGCUCUUCGUUGUUGUCGGUGGUUUCCUUGCUGGCUUUCUGACUCUGAUCUAA